UUCCCCUAAAAUUAUCCGCCGCUCCAUAUAGAUAACAAGAGUGCUAAACAGCCUCGAAAGAUUAGAUUUUUUUGCAAAGCUGGGUGCAAAUUUUCAACAGAUGCACCUGCAACUCCACUACCAUCAUGGAAUCUUUAGGCCUUUGAAUUCGCACUUGAACCAUGACAUUUCCUCUCUUUCUUCACCUACUCGUGAUUAAGAAAGGGUGAGCGUUUUUCUCCGCUUUUCACUAGCCCCAAAUCCAUAUAUCACGUUUGUUUUUAUUUUUGUUUUUUUCUUUGUUACUGUUGGUUAUAGCCAUCCAGUCUUUGUUCAUGGUGGCAUUCGUACAUCAAAUCUGCGGCUUGGUUGGCAAAGGUUUCUGGUGAGAACUGUACAUUUCAGUUGGUGGGUGUUGCCGUAUUGCAGCUCAUUUGUGGCUCUGAAUUGGGGUUGACAGGCAUUCCAUUUUGUGUUCAGGAAAAAAAGAGAGAAAAAAUUGGCUAUGACUGAUUGGAGAUUGGAGACAUUUUACUGCAUUAAUCUAUUGUUGAUAUUGAUAAUUUGAGGACUCAGAUUCUCGGUUUGCUCUUGGCAAUUGAAUAAAACAGUUGUCGUCCUUUGGAAUCUAUUCUGUAUUUGGCUAUAGCUCUUGAGGUGGUUUGUGGUUCUUUUAUCAGUUUGCAUUCCAGCUCGAGUAUUAAGGAAGAUUUAAUUUCUUUAGCAUAUAGAUAUUCUGAUUGUUCAAAAGAGGAAUGCGUGUAGUUUGGAACCUAAGUUAUUAGUGGUUGGAUUGCGAUGGAUGCUUGGAUUGCAGCCGUUGCUGCUGGUGCUGUCUAUUUUGCUCAGCACUGGAAAGAUCUGUUGAAGGGUAAAACGAAUUCUGGGGAUUCGCCUCAUGGGAGUCCUAGAAUUUUGAAACACAAUUCAUUGCCGAAUAUUCAUCAAGCCCUGGAUAAGGAUUGUCCUUCCUCAGGAAUGAUGUUGAGAAAGGGUUCAGCUGAAGAUGUUUCUAGGGCAAGGGAACUGGGCCGCGAAGAUUCUAUGGCUGAAGUGGCUUCUACAAAUGGUUUAUUCAUCGGGAAUCUGGGGAUAUUGGAUUAUUCUCAUGUUCGCGAUGCGUCUUCUUGUUCAAAUUCCUUAGUUGGGUCCAAGUGUGACAAAAAUUUUCAAGAGUGUCAGGAAGGAAACCUCAAUGAGGUUGUAGAUGAUUUAUCUGUUCACCCUAAUACAAUACAAAUGGGAUUUUCUCAUCGUCUUGCCAGCAGGAGAUACCGUCUUAGAACUAGAAAAACUACUAGACAUAUCAUGAAUCCUUCAAUUUUUCUUGAAAGUCCAGUGGCUCAGUUUUCCUCGGAACAAAUAGAAGGGGAGUAUAUUUUUGGUUCUGUUCCUUUACAACCAACACCAAGGACAUUUCUGGUUACUGAUGGAAGUGUAAUUAUUAGCAGAAAUAGCGGUGAUUCUUUUGGUAUGCCAGUUAGAACCGAGCUGGAUAAACUGCAAAAGCGUGUUAUUCCACAAGGGGAGACAACUAUAUCCCGAGUUCCUAAACUACCAAAUGUUGAGCCCUCAGAAUUCCAGAGAAAAGACAGUGCUAGUAAAAAGGAUCAAGGCAGGAUAUUUUGCAAUUCCAGCAGAAGCACAAACAGUAAACACCAUCGGUCCAAAGGGUCAUCUGAUGAAGCCUUUCUUCUCUCUCUUGGGGCAUCGAUUGGCUUUUUCAUUUCUUUCUUGUUAUAUAAAAAGGAAAGAGACGAAUUGAAUCACAUAUUGAAGCAGAAAGAUAAUUUGGUUCAAGAUCUACAAGACGAACUUGAAAUGAAGGAUUCAUUAACCGUGAGAGAACUUGCCACAGAGGACUACGAGUCAGAAUAUAAACGAAUUGAUGCUUCUAUCAAUGAGGCCUUGUAUUCACUUGCUCCUCAACAGAAUUUGAACGACAGUUCAGAAUAUUGUGUUGAAGAAUAUCACAGUCCACACACAGAGGAGGAAUGUAGGAGUAAAAUUGAAGCGGAGCUCGAGGCAGAACUGGAGAGACUAGAACUAAGUAUGACUUCGACUAAAUUGGCGGGGAAAUUAACAGAACUAGUUGAGCUUGACCCGGACUUCAUUCCAGAUUUAGCAGAGGGUGAGUUACGGGAUGAUGUCUUUGAUAGAGCGGAACCCCUACAUUAUGCAGAUCGGGAUGAAAGUACCGACCCCACUCCUCAGUCUGUUAACUACUGUGUCUCACCUAGAGAACUAAGUUUGCGGCUAUACGAGGUCGUUAAUUCACAGCUGGAAGAACGCAACAGGGAGCUCGAGACAGAAGUCGAAAAUCUCCAGAGGAAGGCUCGCUACAUGGAAGUAGUGCUCAAUACUUCUUGCAGAGAAUUCUCUAACAGCGAGGCAGGGUCGUCUUCUGCCCAAGGGAGUCCCGUCACUAAAGAUGAAAGACUGACAGCCGACUGUGUGGUCAUGAAUUUAGCUGGAGAGGCUCUUGAUGCAUACAACGACGGUUAUGAUGAACUCUCAAAAAUAAUUGAGUCAGAAGAAGACGAUAUUAUGGCAUCAGGGGUCGGGAAGAUCCAACAUCAGGAACUUGUGCAGCCUCGUGAUCAUGAUCUAUAUCAUAAUGGUACGCUGAUUGGUGAUGAGAACGAGGAUCGUGAUGAAGUGGAAAAGCUUUUGAUAGAGCAGAUUGUUAAGAAAGUUAGGAAAGGCAAUCCUGCAGUUUUUAGUGCUCAGAAAGCAUUGUUUUACCUUGAUGAAAAAUGAACAUUGACAUUAGCUAAACCAGAAAAUGAACACAGAAAAGAAAAAGGUAUAGAAGUUUAACUUUUGCAACAGAUAUAGGAAUCCAUUUUCUUUUGUUCCUCGAGAGUUAUUCUCAGUUGGAAGAAGCCCAAAUCCCUGACACAAUUCACAUGAUAUUUUUUGCCAUUUUCUUUUUGUACUGUGCACUCUUAUUUCUUGCGCA